UGAUACCCACAGAGAAGCCAAAACACGGACCGCAAAAGGCUGCGCUCCCAAAAAUGGCAGGAGUGUUUGAGGUGGAGGUUGAUGGUGUAGAACACGACCAUGGAGUGGGACAUCACCAUGAACCGAACCAGGUUGACCUCUCCAAACUUUCGCCAGAAGAGAAGUGGAGGGUGGAGCAUGCAAGAAUGCAUGCCAAACACAAGGGCCACGAGGCCAUGCAUGCAGAGAUGGUGCUCAUUCUGAUCGUCACCCUCGUCGUCGCGCAGCUAGUGCUUGUCCAAUGGAAACAGAGGCACUCAAAGUCAUACAACCUGGUGACGCUGUUCCAGAUGUGGGUGGUGCCGCUCUACUUCACCACCAAGCUCCACUGGUGGAGAUUUCUCACCACGUGGUUCAUUCUCGUGGUCACGGCGUUCGUCUCGUUCCGCGCCACUCGCAAGCCUCUCAACUGUACCACGCCCAGGUUGGUCUAUAAGUGGUUCCUCCUGCUCUAUAAGAUCAGCUAUGGUACGGGAAUAGUCGGCUACACGGUCGUCAUGUUUACCCUGUUUGGUAUAAACUUGAUUUUCAGAAUAAAGCCAGAAGAUGCAAUGGACUUUGGCGUGUCACUGCUGUUCUACGGGCUGUACUACGGAGUUUUGGGGCGAGACUUUGCCGAAAUGUGUGCAGACUUCAUGGCUUCAACAGUUGGGUAUUACAGCGCAUCGGGGAUGCCAACCAAGCACCUCUCAGACAACAUCUGCGCGGUGUGUGGUCAGCAGAUCCUGGUAGACGUCAGCGAGGAGGGCAUCAUCGAGAACACGUACAGAUUGUCCUGCAACCAUGUAUUCCAUGAGUUCUGCAUAAGAGGCUGGUGCAUUGUGGGAAAGAAGCAGACUUGCCCGUACUGUAAAGAGAAGGUGGACCUGAAGAGGAUGUUCAGCAACCCCUGGGAGAGACCGCACGUAAUGUAUGGACAGCUUCUGGACUGGCUUCGGUACCUUGUCGCCUGGCAACCGGUUAUUAUAGGACUUGUCCAAGGAAUCAACUAUAUCCUUGGCCUUGAAUGAUUUUUAUUUUUAUGAUUUUUGGGUGGCAAGAUGGACACACAAGAUGGAAAAAGAGGAAAAUGCGCUGGCUUGCUGGACCUAGCAGCCGAACUAGAACUCAAAAACAAGAUUUUCAAUCUUGUGUCUAGAUAUGUACCUUUUUGUAUGUAUCUAUAGGCACAACAUAUCCGUAUUUACAGUUUAUUUGAAUUUUACUAGUAACAUGAAUUUGGAUGUCUGUCUCAGAUUAUUAGAAAUAUUUUCUGAACACAUCGCACAUCAAAUACACUUGAAUGGUUAUUGGUUGGUUGAUAUGCAGGAUCGCUUGUUUUAAAUGGAGAGGUGCUUUUCCCACACCGAAAGUAUGUCUUAAGUACUGUUAAUGCAUUGGGUUUCAACAAUAAAUACUAAAUGAUCUUACUGGUAACCCCCCCCUGUCCCCUUACACUUUUUUUUUUUCUGAACUAUGCCUAACUAUAUUAAUCACUAAGUGAAAUUCAACUUCCAAACAUUUUCUGAUGAUAUUGUGAAUAUCAUGUAUCUCGUACUUGGAUACAAUAUUUAAUUUAAUUUAUAGUGAGGUUGUGUCCUCUCCCCUUUUGUGCUCAAAUAUCAUUUGUGUAGUAGCAGAUAGGCUUUGUUCUCUCUGCUGUCUCCUUUUUGACUUUUCUUGUUUUCUUCACAAUCGAAUUAGAAUUUCCAUAUGAAUAUUUAAGGAUGAGGAAGACAUAACACUAAUGAAAAUGGUACGGUGAGGUUCUCCUCUCCUUUGAUCUUGUCGUUCAGCCUUUUACUUUUAGUGUCACAAUUGCCAUAUCCCCUAUGUAGUUCUUACUGGUUAAUAAUUGGAUUCGUGGAAGACCUUUUUAAAAAUUGUACUUUGACAUAGCUGUCGGAUAUUAUGCAGAGUGCCAGUCUUAUUUGUUUUAAUAUUUUGCACUGUGUGCUGCACACUUUUACAAUAGUUGAGGGGUUGACUUGAAGUGGUCCUAAAGCUUCUUCAUGUGGUCUGAGAUGAUCACUGUCAUUCCUCUGAAGGUGACACGGUUCCCUUUGUAACUGCAGCACAGAAUACCGUAUUCAAGAAGAACUGGACGGAUGGUGGAUUGGCAUAUACAUUUAUUUAUCUAUUCAGUCGUCACCCUUUGUUUUCAUGAAUAUUUGUUAAUAAAUGUCACCCGGUGUACAAAUAUAUUGAACCAAGUCUUUUGUGUAAGGACAACGCUACAAAGCAUAUGAGACGGGUUAUGGGGGAUUUGCUAUGCCCUGUUACAGCUGUCCCUGAACAAAGAAAAAACUAGAUCCCCAACAUAAACAAAUUUAAAUUGUAUGAAAAUACCUUAGUUUAUUAAAUGAUCACUGUUCAAUUGCACGGAUGUAAAUUAACUCGACAAAUGCCACAACUGGGAUUUGGAAGGGUUCAAUCAGUGUGGAUUGAAUCUCAUCCAGUUAGAUUUAAUGUUUAAACUUUUUUUGAGUAAAUGUGAUCUAUCCAUUAAAUAUUUUUCUUGCAUUACAAUUUGUUGGCUACCCCCUUUGUCAUGUAUGUAUGGUACUAUUCCAUACAUUUUGUAACCUGUACAUAUUUCAUAAAAUCACCAAUGUUUUAGUAGUUGACACAUUGAACUAUAUAAUAUAGCCAUUGGCUAUUGACUGUUUUUUUAUUUAUUGGAAAAUUUGUUUUCCAGUAAAUAAACACAAAACGUUAACAACCAUGCGAUUACGGUCAACCCAAACAUAACGCAGAAUUCCCCUACGUGUAGAUCCGUGGGCGUAGGGGAAGUGACUUGUGUAUAUAAAGCACAACUGAUUGUAAGAGGAACACCAAGCCAACAUGAAGCAGCCACAUGUUAUAGGUAAUCUCUUGUUUUUAACCUUUUCAUAUUUGCUGGCCCAUUAGUCUUUAAUUAACAUUUUGUCUCUUAUCCUCAGCUCUGCUGCUUUGCCUCCUGUCUUCGGAUGACUCCCUUGGUGAGUUGUACAGAUGACUAAUCUCAGAUUCUAUGUAUUAUGUCAUAUUAACGUUAAUAACAUUUCCACAGCAAAAUCUCCUGAGAUAAUUGGUCCAGUCCGCACCCGAACAAGAGCUCGUCUAGGGAGGACGUUGGUUCUCACCUGCAUGGCGAACCCCCAUGGUGAUAG